UUAUUUAACUUGAUUCGUGAGAUCAUCGUGUGUGUAACUAUCCGACCAUUUUUACAAUCACAUCCAUCGAUUAUUAUAAAAUUUCAACAGUUUUUCUCAGAUUUUAACAGAACAUUAGAGCUGCUAACUACAUGUUUGUCACACAUCACUGUCAUUAAAUAAUCAUCGCAUUAUUAUGACAUGUGAACCAAAUAAUAGUCGAUCGAAUCCGGGAAAUACAUAUAUCAAAUACUAAUCGCCCGAGGAACAAUAACAGUCGGGAAAAAAGCAUUCAGGAAAAAGGCUUUCGGGCAUACGGACUUUCGGAAAAAAUUAUACUCAGGAAAAAAGACAAUCGGGAAAAAUAUCGUUAACCAAAAAAAUAUUUCAUAAACCAGUAACGAUUUUACUUACAAUGGUGUUUCAUUUUUACUUUUCUGUGAAUAAAUUUUCUGGUGAUAGAUCCACACCAAGGAUAAUAUAUAACAUCUUAUACCAAUGGGCUAAAAAGACGCGGUAGUUUCUUGUUGGACAUACAUGACCAUGAAAAGGCAGCGAAAGAUUCAAAUAAUCCAAUAAUCCACUCAGACGACCGCGGACGCACAUCAUGACCGCGACGGUCGUGCCGGCGCGACGGCGCAGCACGUUCUGGGACGACAUGACCAUCGAGCCGGUGGUCGCGUGCUACAUGACGGCGUUCACGCUGAUCACGCUCACCGUGUCCAACCUGAACCUGCAGAAGGCGUGCAAGGUGAACCUACGGCUGGCCAGUGACACGUGCGAGGCGCUGGUGACGAAGGGCGCGGGCUCGAGCGCCGCGGACGAGGUGGCCGUGCAGCGGCUGGUGGCCGGUAUGAUGAUGUGGCAGACGUGCGCGCAGAACGUGCUGCCGUGCCUGGUCAUGCUGCUGGUGGGCUCGUGGAGCGACCGCACCCGGAAGCGCGUGCCGUGCAUGCUGCUGCCGCUGUACGGCGAGCUGGUGCGCAACGCCGGCCAGCUGCUGUGCGUGUACUUUUUCGACCAGCUGCCCAUGGAGGCGGCCGGCAUCGCCGAGUCCAUACCGCUGGCGGUUACCGGUGGCCAGACGCUGUUGACCAUGACCGCGUACAGUUACAUGGGCGACGCCACGUUGAUUAAAAAUCGAACGUUUAGAAUUGGAGGACUCAAUGCUGUUAUGGCCAUAUCUAUGGCGCUCGGAACUUCGCUGUCUGGCAUAGUAUAUAAUCAAUUAGGGUUCUAUGGAGCAUACGGUCUUUCGUCUGUGUUAAUUAUAAUAGGUUUGGUGUACGGAUUAUUGUUCGUCGAAGAGAUUGCUCCGAUAACGGUAGUGAACGAAAACAAAUCAUUUAAGACCACCCUCACGGAGUUUUUCAACUUCAAACAAGUCACAGAGUCAUUGAAAACAACUUUUAAAAAACGACCAAAUACCCAACGACUAAAGAUCAUUGUUUUGUUAAUCAUACUCAUGGCGAAUGCUGGCACAAAUAACGGUUACCGGACGGUAUCUUAUUUGUACACUCGUGUGCAAUUCAACUGGACUGAAGUCAAGUACAGUAUAUUUUCAACGUAUGAACUGACAGUAAAUAUAAUCGGUCUUUUAUUUACCAUAUUUAUUCUUAGUAAGCAACUAAAAAUUUCUGAUGAAAUUAUUGGAGUCUUAUCGACCAUAAGUCAAACACUUGCGUCUUUAUACUACGUUUUCGCUUUCAAUCAAUUUCUUUUCUACCUGGGACCUUUAUUGAACAUCUUAACGGCUGCAGAAAAUAUAUCUAUAAAAUCUCUAAUGACAAAACUAGUACCAAAUUCUGAACUCAGCCAAAUAGCAGCAAUAUUUGGAAUUUCUGAAAUCGUUGUUUCCUUGUUUUCUGGACUCUUGUACAAUGGCUUAUAUGAAAUCACUCUAAAUACACUACCUAGCGCUUUUUAUUUCAUCACGUUCAUUUUCAGCAUAUUCUCAAUUGCAUUAUUCCUAUGGAUGUACGUGGUGCGAAAACACGACCGUGAAUCCUCAAAUGAUGUAAUAAAACAUACAGAGAAUUCACAUCUGAAGUCAAAAACUAUUGAUCGUUCCACUUAUGGCACUGUAAUAAAACAGAUCAAAACGUAAUUACAUACAGAUAGUGAAUAUUCCUAGUAUAAUACAUGAAAUAAAGUGUAAAAUAACUUAAAAUAUUUAAAUACCUAUAAGUUAAACUAAUGUUAUAAUUUCUACAAA